AUGUUUUUAUAUUUACUAUUACCUUCACUUUGUUUAGCUUAAAGAUUUCUUUAAGCAGACGAGACUUGUUACGGUGUAAUUUUGGAUUGCGGAUCUUCAAGCACAAAGACAACAAUAUAUUCUUGGCCAUGCAGAACUGGUAAAGUAUAUCCCCUAACCGACAUCUAUUAAGAAUCCCAAUAACUGAAGACAAGUCCAGGGAUAUCCACAAAAUAUCCAGAUGAGAUCUCAACUUAUCUAGCCCCCAUAUUUGAUUUCAUUAAUUCUAAGGUGCCUGUUGCUCAAAAACAAUAUACCCCAAUAUUUAUGGGAGCAACUGCUGGAAUGAGGUUAUUGGAUAUCAAUAAAUAAAAUACACUUAUAGAUGAGAUCAGGAAGCAGUUGAGUAAGAGUGGUUAUUUGUUCGUGACUGACAGUUGGGCUAGAGUGAUAUCAGGUCAAGAUGAGGCCACAUAUCUUUGGUUGGGAGUUGAGUAUCUUUUGGGUAAAACUGAUGGAAGUUUAAUCACCAUAGACUUGGGAGGAGCAUCAACCCAGAUUGCAUUUAAAGUGGAUUACAUGUAAUAUGAAUCGGACAUUGUUACAUUGACAUUGCCUGAUGAAGACAUUAAUUUAUAUGCCAUUUCUUAUCUUGGUUACGGCAAUGAUUAAGCUAGAGAUGCUGUUCUUGCAAAAAGCAUAAGUGGAACUUAAGUCAUUAGUCCAUGUUAUCAUUAAGGAUAUACUGGAACUUGGACCUAUUAAAAAGUCUAGUACUCCUUAUCAGGAAGUGGGAGUGUGGAGCAAUGUUAAGCUUUGAUUCAAUCUUUCAUCAAUAGCCAAUGUAGAACAGUAGGCGAUGAGUUGUGUGGAAUCAAUAGUAUUGAUUAACCUUCAUUACCUACUUCCUAUUCCAUUUAUGCAGUAAGUGGAGUAGCUACGAUUGCUAACUUUCUUCAACUUAGUACAUUCAAGUUACCACAAUUAUUAAGUUAAGCCUAAGCAUUCUGCUAGAUGAGCUGGUCCCAAGUGUAAGCCAAUUCGACUUAUUCUGCAAACCAAUAUGUAGGUACUAACUUUUUCUUAUCACUCUACGUUCAUUAACUAUUGUCCGUCGGUUACAAUAUUCCAGACACUAUGUAAAUUUGCAGAAUUAACUUUAGGGAUAUCAAUGCUCCAUUAGCAAUUAACUCUCAAACGCCAACCUGGGCUAUGGCUGCUGUGCAAUAUCAAUUGGCUUAGAUCGACUGCGAUUUAGAUAGUUCUGUUUGUCAAGGCUCUAUUUUACAUUUGAUAGCAUUCUUUUGCUUAAUGGUAUUUUAUUGA